GUUGGGGAGAUCCUGAGCUCCGCGGACCCCUCGGCCAAGGCCAGGCUGACCAUCAGCUGCCCCGACUUCGGGGAGUGGAGGGAUUCGGGCUUGGACCAUCACAACCUCCAGGACUUCAUUGAGCUGCGCUACAACCCGGGCUGCAUCCUGCCAGAGAUGGAGGGGCUGGAGGAGUUCAUGGAGUACCUCUCGGAGUCCCUGGAGCCCCAGUCCCCUUUUGACCUCCUUGAACCCCCCACCAUGGUGGGCUUCCUCAAGCUCUCCAAGCCCUGCUGCUAUAUCUUCCCGGGUGGGAGAGGGGACUCGGCUUUCUUUGCCGUCAAUGGCUUCAACGUCCUGGUCAACGGAGGCUCCAACCCCAAGUCAUCCUUCUGGAAGCUGGUCCGGCACCUGGACCGCAUCGACUCCAUCCUGGUGACCCACGCGGGCACGGACAGCCUGCCCGGCGUCAACAGCCUGCUGCAGCGGAAGCUGGCCGAGCUGGAGGAGGAUCCAUCCCAAGGUUCGCAGGGUAAUGGGGACUGGGCGAAGAACCUCAUCUCCCCAGAGCUGGGUGUCGUCUUCCUCAAUGCCUCCGAGAAGCUGAAGGACAUCAAGGGCAACUCCAGGGUGCUGAAGAGCUGCGACGAGGCUGCCCUGACCCUGCACUACCUGGAGAAGCUGGGCAUCCGUCCCAACCCGCUGGCCCGCGACAGCGGACCCCGCGCGGAGCCCACCGUCCUCUUCCAGAAGAUGGGAGUGGGCCGGUUGGACAUGUACAUCCUGAACCCCGUGAAGGGCACCAAGGAGCUGGAGUUUCUCCUGCAGCAGUGGUCAGGCAACAGCUACCCUAAGGAGCAGGAUUUGCCCCUGCAGUGCCUGACCUCCGUCUGCGCCCUGCUCAUCUGGCACCCCGUCAGCCCCUCCGAGAAGAUCAUCCGGGUCCUCUUCCCCGGCUGCACCCCCCAGGGCCGCAUCCUGGAGGGGCUGGAGAAGGUGAAGCACCUGGAGUUCCUCAAACAUCCAGUAGUCACCAAGAACGAUUUGAAGGGGCCACCGGCGUCCCAGCCUGAGAAGCUGCUCAAGCAGAGGAGGGCAGAGAGCAAGGAGAGCCUGAAGUCAGCUUCCAAGCUCAGCUUGGUGGACACCGGGGUGCCGGCGCCAAAGGAGAAGGCUCCACCAAAGGUGGAGAGGAAGGAGGUGAAGGCAGGGACCAAGGAGAAGCCAAAAUCCCUGGGGGAGAUGGCCAGAGUGGGGUCAGAAGAGGAGAAAGCCAAGGAGGCUCGUGCCAAGCUGGACUCUUCGAUGGAGAAGCUGAAGGUGGAUGCGAAGCUGAAGCUGAGCAAGGAGAAAGCGAUGCCCAAGAAGGAGCCCGUCCCCCGGAAAGAGGAGAAGAAGCCGCCGAAGAAGGACGAGGGGGCCGAGGCGAAGGGGGAGGCCAAGAAGGAGGUGAAGGUGGUGAAGAAGGAGGUGAAGGCUGAGACGUUGCGGAAGGAUGCGAAGGAGAGCAAGGCAGAGGCCAAGGCUCCUGGCAAGACCCUGUCCCGGAAAACGCCGGUGCCGGAGACCCGCAACCCCCUGGCCAAGGCCAGCAGCAUCAAGAAACCCCCCCCCAAGAAGGAGCCGGAGAAGCCCAAGGCCAAAGCCCCCCGGGAGGCAGGCGGCAGGAAGGAGCCGGGGGCGUCGGAUGGCUCCAAGUCCUCCUCCCCUGACAACAUGCUGCCGGAGGCCGAGCGGGGCCGGGGGACCGCCUCGCCGGGGGCCAGCGGGAGGAGGAGGAAGGAGGAAUCGACAGAUGAAGGCAUCACCACGGCCGAGAGCGAGCUGGAGCCCUCACCGCUGGAGAAUGGGGGGGCCGGGGGACCGGGGGACUC